AUGGGUAAAAAAUUACUGUUCAUGUUCUUCGUUUCUGUCAUCUUUUAUCAAAAUGCAUUUGCAAAAAAGCAUUUUGGAAAUGAAUGUUGCGAAGAAUAUUGCUACAGUGCAGAUGAAGAUCAGGAGCAGAUAAAAUACCUUUCGUGCAACACAGCCUACCAGUUAGUAAAAGGGAACGAUUAUGCGGAUCAGUACAUGGUACCCAAUUGUAAGCCAGUACGAUUUUGGCUCCUAUCGAGGCAUGGUGCAAGGCUACUAGAAAGGGAGGAAAUAGAAGCUCUUCCGGAGUUAGUAUCGCUUCGUGACCAAAUUAUUGAAAAUUAUGAAGUUAAAAAAUCAGCUCCUGCAAAGGGUGCACUCUGCGAUCAAGAUUUACAGUUGAUUAAAAACUGGGAAGUAGAUAAGAAUAUAACCAAGGAUAAAGAUGAAUAUUUAACAGUUCAGGGAUGGAACGAUGCAAAAGGACUUGCAGAAGAUUACAAGAAGGUCUAUCCGGAGCUACUUGGAAGAGAAUAUGAUCCAAAUAAAUUUUUGUUUUAUCAUACGGGAAAACAGCAGAUGGAAGCUAGUAUGAAAGCAUUCAUGGAGGGAUUAUUUGGGCCGGGAGUUUACAAUGGCAUAUCUCAGUUUGCUCGUCCUAAAAAUGAUUCUUUUCUGAUACCAAUGAAAUACUGUCGUCCCUGGGCGGCAGUCGUGGAUAAUCUCAAAACAUCUGAUGAAUCUGCAAUGAAUAAAUUCAUAACAUCCCCGCUAUUUGCGCAAAUGCUAGCUGACGUAAGCAGGCGUCUUGGAUUCGAUAAUCCAUUGACUUUCAAACAAGUGCAGCUGAUAUACAACCUCUGUGCCUACGAAAAAGCUUGGUUUUUCGAUAAACCUAGUCCCUGGUGUUCGGUACUUACAUUGGAGCAAGUUAAAAUCAUGGAAUAUGAGUACGAUCUAUUUUACCAAUAUAGAAGCGGGUAUGGUAAUGAUUACAAUCACCACCUGCCGUGUGAAGUUAUGAAGGACAUGUUGAGUCGUAUGGCUAAAGAUGAGGAACCACGUGUAACUGCUUAUUUCUCGCACUCUAUAUUUGUUCAAAUGUUUGCAACUGCAUUGGGUAUUUGA